CUGAAAGAAUCCGAACGAGUCCAACACGUAAACAAACAGCUGUACGCGAGUAAGCUGUCAGGUGGGUCCACGCCGGCUAAGGAUACCGACUAUUCACUACAUUUGCAUGGUUUUUGGGCUCAUUAGUGCCUUCUGGAGACUUUCUGCACAGACAAAUCAGACUUACCAUAAAAGACAUAAGAAACCACAACAGAAAAAUGGCCGAAACGGAGAUGGUGAUUAUGGUGACAGGAGGCUCAGGAUUGGUGGGACAAGCUAUAAAAACUGUUGUAGAAGAGGAGAAACACUCCAAUGAAAGAUGGAUAUUUCUCAGCUCAAAGGAUGCUGAUCUGAAAAACACAGCUGAAACCCGUGCUGUGUUUGAGAAAUAUAAGCCCACACAUGUUAUUCAUCUGGCUGCUAUGGUGGGAGGCCUUUUCCGAAAUCUGAAAUACAACUGCGAUUUCCUACGAUUCAAUCAGCUGAUCAACGACAAUGUAUUGGAAUCAUGCAAGGAUUUCAAAGUGCAGAAAGUAGUUUCUUGUCUUUCAACUUGCAUCUUCCCAGACAAAACUACGUACCCCAUUGAUGAAACAAUGAUCCAUAAUGGACCUCCUCAUCAAUCUAACUUUGGGUAUAGUUAUGCUAAGAGGAUGAUUGAUGUAAUGAACCAAGCAUAUCAUCAACAGUACGGCUGUAAUUUCACUUCAGUUAUACCAACAAAUGUCUAUGGACCUCAUGACAACUUCAGCUUGGAGGAUGGCCAUGUAUUGCCAGGACUGAUAAACAAGGUUUACAUGGCCAAGAAAAAUGGGACACCAUUUACUAUAUGGGGAACCGGAAAACCUCUUCGGCAGUUUAUCUACUCCAUAGAUCUAGCUAAGCUUAUGAUCUGGGCAUUACGCGACUAUAAUGAUAUUAGCCCAAUCAUCCUCUCAGUUGACGAAGCAGAUGAAGUGUCUAUCAAGGAGGCAGCUGAGAUGGUUAUUGAUGCCUUCGAGUUCAAGGGAGAAGUGGUAUUCGACACCUCGAAGUCAGACGGCCAGUUUAAGAAAACGGCAAGCAAUGCAAAACUCAGGAAAUAUCUCCCAGAUUACAAGUUCACACCCAUACAACAAGGUAUCAAGGAGACUGUAAACUGGUUUAUUGAAAAUUAUGAGUCUGCAAGAAAAUAAGAUUCUUUGGAUUUUUUAUGUAGCUUGGUAGGCAAGAAAAGAAAUAUCUGCACAUCUUAUAAAGGAAGAAGAUGGAAGAUAAGAGUGCAAACCAUUCCUCUCUUUCAAAGUGGUUAGAAAUUUCAUUAUGGGAUGAGGAUCAUGUAAUGCUUUACUUUAUAUAAUGAAAAAUUGGGUGUGUGGCACGUUAGACUGCAUUGUUACAUGAUAUUAGCUACAGUUUAGAUUUUUCUAUGAAAGGAAUAUUUAAUCACUUGAUGUAACAGAUUCCAAAUUUUUUUAUUGUUUUGGAAUAUACAUAGUGUGCAACAUAUUGAUUUAUGUUUUUGUGAUUUCCAGUUUUGAUUAUAUAUGUCAUAUCAAGAUAACUUCCCUGAUUUACAUUUAUUAGUUUUGUGUGGUCAACAUAUUUAGAAUAUUAAGAUUUGUUUGUUGGCUAAUAUUUGAUUUUAUUUGAUGAUUGUAUUUUACAUUUUCACAUUAUAGACUUUGUAUCAGAAAAAAAGAAAUAUUAAAGCUAUAUAUUAUUAUUGUCAAGAAUAGAUUCCUAACUCUUGGUGAUAUAUGUAACAUCAGAGCAAAUUUUGUGUUAUUCCAAGCAACCAGUGUUGAACUAAUAUGGUUCAAAUUGCAUUUUAUAUGUGGAUGAUGUUUAACACUUACGUUGACAUCUAGCGAGUGAUAUGAUUGUUAUAAUCUGAUUCAGGAAUAUAUUUAUAAACAUCUAAAAACAAAUAAAUUAUAACACAAGC